AUGAGAGAUGCCAUUAAGGAAAUGAACGAUCAUGGUCAGAAAAAUAUUGGGUUCCAAUGCUUUGUUCAUGGUCUGGAUUGUGAUACUGAUGCAAAGUGUCUUCCGAGUGAAUUUUCCGUGUUUGGCGAAAUCAUUUACGAUCAUGAGACUGUAAUAUCGAAGGGAUUUGGAUUUGUUACCUACAAGGACGAGACAUCAAUGAGAGAUGUCAUUAUGCUUAUGGACGGUGAUGAGAUCGAUGGUUGCUACAUCAAUGUGGAAGAAGCUCGUAGAAGAAAUGGGUUCUUCCAUUCAUCACUGUAG